GAGCCCAUGGACGUUGACCUGGACUAUGAGCGCCCCAACGUCGAGACCAUCAAGUGCGUGGUGGUGGGCGACAACGCGGUGGGCAAGACGCGGCUCAUCUGCGCGCGGGCCUGCAACGCCACGCUCACCCAGUACCAGCUGCUGGCCACCCACGUGCCCACCGUCUGGGCCAUCGACCAGUACCGCGUCUGCCAGGAGGUGCUGGAGCGCUCCCGCGAUGUGGUGGACGAGGUCAGCGUCUCCCUGCGGCUCUGGGACACCUUCGGCGACCACCACAAGGACCGGCGCUUCGCCUACGGCAGGUCCGAUGUGGUGGUGCUCUGCUUCUCUCUGGCCAACCCGAACUCGCUACGGCACGUGAAGACGAUGUGGUACCCCGAGAUCAAGCACUUCUGUCCCCGCACGCCCAUCGUCCUGGUGGGCUGCCAGCUGGACCUGCGCUAUGCCGACCUCGAGGCCGUGAACCGCGCCCGCCGGCCCCUGGCCAAGCCGAUUAAGCCUUCCGAUAUCCUCCCACCGGAGUGUGGGCACGAGGUUGCCAAGGAGCUCGGUGUCCCCUACUAUGAGACCAGCGUGGUGGCCCAGUUUGGCAUCAAAGACGUCUUCGACAACGCCAUCCGGGCAGCCCUCAUCUCCCGCCGCCACCUGCAGUUCUGGAAGUCCCACCUCAAGAAGACACAGCGCCCUCUGCUCCAGGCCCCCUUCCUCCCGCCCCGGCCGCCCCCGCCGCUCAUCCACGUCCCGGAGCCGGCCUGUCAGGAGGGCCGGGGCCCCACCGCCCUCUUCCAGGAGCCCCUGUGCGCGGACGUGGUGUUCUGCCUGCAGGGCGGCCCCCGGGUCUUCGCCCACCGGGUGUACCUGGCCACGUCGUGCUCCAGGUUCUACGACCUCUUCACGCUGCACCUGGCAGGGGAGGGCGCUGGGGCGAAGGAGCCCGCCGGCAGGACCAGGAGCCUGGAUGCCGACCAGGGCUGCUUGGGGGCUGUGGGGGUGGCGGCGGCCGCCUCGCUCCGGGCCUCGCAGAGCGACGACCCCCUGCGCGUGGCCGAAGCCCCUCGGGAGCUGUCGGGCUGGGGGCGGGGCUUCGUCAGCAUGCGCCAGGAGGGGGUGCGGGACCCCGUCACGCAGCGCGAGAAGCUCAUGACGGCCAUCUACAUGGACGGGUCUGUGCAGCCGGGCCCUUUCCGGGCGGUGCUGGAGUACCUGUACACGGGGCACCUGGAGCAGCCCCGGGCCGACCUCAUGCAGGUGGCCGCCAUCGCAGAGCUGCUGGAGGUGUUCGACCUGCGCAUGAUGGUGGCCAACACCCUCAACAAGGAGAGCUUCAUGAACCGGGAGAUCACCAAGGCCUUCCACGUGCGCCGCGCCAACCGCAUCAAGGAGUGCCUGAGCAAGGGCACCUUUGCGGAUGUGGCGUUCGUGGUGGAUGACGGCUCGGUGCUGGCACACAAGCCCUUGCUCCUGGCGGGCUGCGACUUCAUGGUGGCCAUGUUUGGGGGUGCCUUCCGGGAGAGCUGUGCCACAGAGGUCCCUCUGCCGGGCACCAACCGCGCCUGCCUGCGCGCCGUGCUGGAGUUCCUGUACACGGGGCUCUUCGUCCCCCGGCCGGACCUGGACGCCAUGGAGCUGCUGGUGCUGACCAACCGCCUGUGUCUGAGCCGCUUGCAGGCCCUGACCGAGCAGUACGCAGUAGAUGAACUGGUUCAUGCCAGCCUGCAGCAGGUGGAAAUAGAUGCCCAGGUUAUCCUCUACCUGGAGAUGACACAGUUCCACAAUGCCCGCCAGCUGGCCGCCUGGUGCCUGCACCACAUCUGCACCAACUACAACAGCGUGUGCCGCCGCUUCCCCCGGGAGAUGAAGAGCAUGUCUGCAGAGAACCAGGCCCACUUCGAGCGCCACCGCUGGCCCCCGGUCUGGUACCUGAAGGAGGAGGACCGCUACCUGCGCUCGCAGAAGGAGCGCGAGCUGGAGGAGGAGACGCUGCGCAAGCAGCACCCCCGCCGCAAGUGGUGCUUCUGGCGCCCGCACCACGCCAGCCCCAUUUCCUGAGCCCGCGCGUCCGUCCCCCGAGCGGGGGGCACGCUCGGCUCCCCCAUCCUGCUCGUGCCUUUGCCGGGAGGGAGCUGGCCGGCCGGCCGGCCGGUGCAGGUGCCGCCUCGGCAGAGCGAGGCGUCUUGCCCGCCGCCCACCAGGCAGUGCCUCUGCCUUGUUUACAGCCUCCCCCCUGGCUCCGUGCCUCUGGCCGCCACUGCCCACCUCUGCCAGCACCCGUGCCCGCACCUGGGCGGGCCGGUGGGUGCCCGGCAAAGCAGGUGGCCCUGACCAGCCGUCUCUCUCGACUCUACCUCCAACCUGAACAGUAUUCUGGGGACAAGGGGCUUCUCCCGCUGUGCUGGGUGGCUGCAGGCGGGCCGGGCCGGGCCGGGCCGGUGCAGGAGGGCAAGGGCUUCCAGAGCUGCUCUGGCAACCCUGCUGGCCGUCGUGGCUGGGCUGUCCGGGGCUCUGCCAGCCCGGAGUGGGCUGCCACGGGACGUGGGUCACUGAGCCACCUGGCUGCAGUGGAGGGGUAGGUCACGGACGGGCGGGGGAUGCGGUGCAUGGGGGAGCUGGAGUGGUGUGCCCGGGCCAGGGUGGGGUUUCUUCCGAGGCAUCUCGUUUUGUGCUUGUCCAUGGGUGGAAGAGGAAGGUGGUACGGGGGGGGGGGGGGGCUGGCCCCCCCCCCCCCCCCGGCCUGGCCUUGGGGCCAAAGGGACCCCCCCCGGGGUCUUCACAACAGGGAGAGCUCCCAGCUGCCCCCCCCCCAUUAGUCACGCCCUCGGGUGCAUUAAGGGAAGUAGCUGGGUUUGCUUCAGUGAGAGGAGGGUCUUCCAGGCACCCCCCAGAUCUGCACAAACAUUUUUACACUUUUUCUACGUGUUCCAGUUUUCCUUCCAAGACCUCUGCCAAGCACAAACCUACCCAGGGUGGGGCCACGCGUGGCACCCACCCUACCGAAGGGCUUCGAUGCGAGCAGGUGCCGAGCGGCCCUCGCGCAUCCGCGUUUCUGACCACUGUGAGCUGGGCCGCCCCACUCUUUCUUACACACUGCAGUAUUGGCCUGUUUUAACCUUUAAUAAAAGCCUUUUGUAUUGUGAA